UGAGAUGAGAUGUUAACAUUGUUAACCUCAAUUUUUUCAUUUAUCGAGAUUCGGCAAAUUUAACGUUAUUUCAAUGAAAAUAUUCAAUAAUAAUAUCUUGAAUCACUAUAGAUGGCAGACAAUGGAGUAGGUGCACAAAGUCAAAAGAGUAGUUUGAUCAAACAUACAAACUUGGAGUGCAAAAACCUCUAUGACUAUUUGAAAUCGAGACCUCCGAGCGUCCUCGAAAAACUUUACAAUCAUCCUACGAUAUGCCUUGCAGUUUACAGAGAAUUGCCAGAAUUGGCGAGACAGUAUGUAAUAAGAAUUCUAUUUGUUGAACAACCUGUACCCCAAGCAGUAGUGGCCUCUUGGGGCUCCCAAGCAUUUUCCAAAGAACACACUCACGUCAGCAAAGUAUUAACCGAGCUAUCGGUAUGGCAGGAGGCCGGGAUACCUGGCGGCCUCCUAGGCUGGAUCCUAUCACCCACAUUCAAGAAGAAUCUCAAAGUUGCCCUCUUGGGAGGAGGUAAGGCAUGGAGCAUGUCUUCAGCACUAGAGGUCGACAGCAAAGCGCGCGAUGUAUCAUUUCUGGAUGCUUAUUCACAAGAAAGGUGGGAGUGUGUCUUACAUUACAUGGUGGGGUCCCAGCAACAGGAGGGUAUAUCUGCAGAUGCUGUGAGGAUUCUGCUUCAUGCUGGGCUCAUGAAGCGGGAUGAGGAAGACGGGAGUCCUGUGAUCACACGGCAGGGCUUCCAGUUUUUACUUCUGGAUAGACAGGCUCAAGUGUGGCACUUUAUACUCCAGUAUUUGGAUACUGUGGAAGAACGAGGACUGGACUUGGUGGAGUGUCUCACAUUUCUUUUCCAGCUGAGUUUCAGUACUUUAGGUAAAGAUUAUAGUACUGAAGGCAUGAGUCCUGGUCUUCUGAUAUUUUUGCAGCACUUGAGAGAGUUUGGGUUAGUGUACCAAAGGAAACGUAAAGCAGGCAGGUUUUAUCCUACUAGGUUAGCUCUGAAUAUAACUACUAGUAAUGACAAGGUACCUGAUAUAGAGGAAGAUGCCCCCAAGGGUUACAUAGUGGUUGAAACUAACUAUAGAGUGUAUGCUUAUACAGACUCUAAUUUGCAAGUAGCUUUGGUUGGUCUUUUCACUGAGCUGAUGUACAGGUUUCCCAAUUUGGUGGUGGGAGUUAUUACAAGGGAUUCAGUGAGGCAAGCUUUGAGAGGGGGGAUAACUGCUGAUCAGAUAAUAGGAUUUUUGAAGCAGCAUGCCCAUCCCAGGAUGUUGGAUUUACAAGCAAAACAGCCACUGCCUCCCACUGUUGUGGAUCAGAUAAAAUUGUGGGAAUUGGAAAGGAAUAGACUAGUUUAUAGUGAAGGUGUUCUUUAUAGUCAGUUUUUGUCUCAGGCUGAUUUUAAUGUUCUGAAGGAAUAUGCAAAAUCCAUUGGGUGUCUUAUAUGGGAUAAUAAUGAUAGGAGGACUCUUGUUAUUAAUAAAUCAUCACAUGAUGAUGUGAAGAAGUUUUGGAAGAGAUACUCAAAGGGAAACUAGAAAUGAAUGUGUUAUUUUAAGUAUACUGGAAUGGAACUGGAUUGAAUGAAAUGAAAGUGUCAGAAUCUGCCUCAUAUUUUUUAUGAAGCUGUUUUAGCUCUAAAUAACAGUUUGUUGCAGCAAAAGCCAAGAAUGGUCACUGUAUAUGUUGAAAAUAUAUUUCUUUUAUGUUAACAAGUAAAUUAAUACAUUUUUU